GUUCUUUUCAUGUUUUUCAUGAAUAGCCCAGAGAAUAUUCUAUUGGGCUGGACAAUUGUUCUUUGCAUACAAAAUCAAGAACGUCGCCGUUUCUUCAUUCCGAACCGGCAAAACAACUUCCACACACGGAGAAAACGCCGGCGGAAAUAGCAUCACGCUGCUGAAUAGAGGCUUCUCCGUCGGCAAAUCCACAAUUACCAGCCAUGGUGGCAGGGACACCGCUCCUCCGCCGGCUCAUCGCCGUCGAUGCCGCAAUCUCUCAAUUCCUACACACACUGUUCCAUCCCUUCUUCCCGACGGCGCUACUCCUCCUCCUCGAGAUCUCCGCCGACUUCCGAUUCUCCUUCCCGAUCUGCCUUGCCCUCCUCUUCUCACCGCUCUCCCCUCCCCUCCUUCCGUUCUUAUCCUCUCUGCUCUUCGGCCUCCUCCUCGACCUCGCCGUCGUCGGCCUCACCAAAGCCAUCUUCCGCCGCCAGCGCCCGCACUACAACCACUCUUCUAUGUCAGCCGUCGUCGCCGUCGACAAAUUCUCCUUCCCCAGCGGACACUCGACCAGGGUCUUCUUCGUCGCGUCCUUGGUGUCUCUCUCGGCGGUGGCAAUUGAGGCCGCUUUGCUCGAACUGAAGGCCGGCGGAGGGCUGCCUGAGCGGUGGAUUGUAGGUGGUGACGAGGGCAGAGUGGUGGAGAUUGUGGUGAUUGGCGUUUUCGCUUGGGCGGGGAUUACGGCGUCGUCUAGAGUUUUCCUUGGCCGGCAUUUCUUCCUUGAUGUUCUCGCGGGAGUGUGUUUGGGCAUUCUUGAAGGCUUCGUUGCUUUUCGAUUCCUGCGGUUUGAGGAUUUCCUGAGGCACCCUACUUUAUCAGAAUGUCGUCGAGGUUGCAAAUUGAGUGCUUGGAAUCUGCAUUAGAUGCUUAAUCCACAGAAGAGAUAGGCACUUGUUGGCCUAUUGGACUGUCCCAUGGAAUCUUGGUUCAGGUGCGAAUGAUCAUUGAAGUAGAGUGAAAGCUGAGAUUUUGCACUUACUGUUGAUUUUCUUGUCAACGUUCAAAAUGACCAUCACUUCUGAUUGUGUACCAUUUUUAUUCUAUGUAUUGUAUGGAGUCGGUCUCAAUUGUAUAUCACUUGCUACCACAACUUGAUGGUUUAUAUUUGAUUAUGGAAAAAGUUACCUGCUUAAAGUCACUUUAAGGUUGUUCUGUAAACGUGGUAUGUUCCCUGCAGAAUCAAUAAUAUAAGGUUAGCAACUAUACCACUUGUCUUGUAGACUGUCACGUCGAGCGUAUUACCCGCAGUUGGUGGCUGGUAGCUAAAUUUGCGCAUUGGAUGGCUCAUGUGGCAGCCACUUUGUGGCAUCUCGAGUAUGGAUCCCACAUCCUUUGUUCAUCUAACCUUCCUUUUCUGUGGCCUUAUAGGUGUCCUGAUAGCUAAAGAUGCUUUCAUUUAUGUUAUCGUUUGUAAGAAGAAGCUUGUGGGUAACAUACUGAUUAUUGGAUGAGAUUGAUAGACUGAUUGAUGAUUGACUUUAGUCGAUCAACGAAAAGAGGAUGUCAGACUUGAUAGAUUAGAGAUAACAGAAACGUGGAACUCACUCAAAGCAAGGAAGUAAAGGUGGUGGUUAAAUAGUUGUUAUCUUGUAUUUUCUUAAUUAACAAACUCUACGACUUGAUGCUUAUAUCAAUCAUCUACCUUUAGUUCAUUGACUUCUCCUAUGUCCAUUGCUAGUGUCUGUGGCUGAGAAGGAGAUGCAUGUGCAUUCUUUGAGUUUUGAACAGUGUUUACUCUUUCUUCUCUGCACUCUGCAAUUUCUUUUCUCCUGUAGCAACAAAAAUGGUCCUUCAUCCUCAUCCCCCCUUAUAGCAAGGGACCUACCAUGGAAGUUAAAGCUAUUUGAUUUGUGAACUGCUUUUGGUAUUUCUGUCUAUAUUAUUGAGUCUUCUUAGUGGCUGGUCCCCAAAUUUGACUCAGAAUGAUGAUUAGGUAGUACUGGAAAUUUGAAUUCUGCUUUAGCAAUGAAGAUGGUAUCGAAGCUGUGGCCUUUGUCCACUUGUGAUAGUAGUAUCCAUCCACGUUUGUGGGUUUUUGUUAGUAUUAGUUGCUUUCCCAUGAUUGAUGCCCUAUCUUUUGUGUUUGGCUUUUGGUCAUAGAACAAGCCUCUGGAAGCCCGAAAUGGGUAAAUGCUCUGUAAGCCAUAUACCUCCGUUGCUUUAUCUCUUAUAAGCUAUAAAGGUUGUGGCAACUCCUUAACUGUAGGAAUCAAGAACCAAAGAGGGAUAUUGUGGUAUCGAUCAACUAUCUUACUAGUUGGGGUUGUUUUUGCCUUCACGGGCUUCUUUUAUGGUUCUGCUUUAUCAAGUUGUAGCUAACCAAGAACAGUGUGAUGACUGGAUUCUGGAAAGCUCGAUUCAAUGCAAGUCUUUUCUUGGUCAAUCUACUUGCGGAUUGGACCGGUCAAGCUGCUCAUUUAUGGUUUAUGACCAAACUUAGUACAAAAGUUGAGAGCUGAGGAAGGAUGGAGUAGAUAGAUAUAGGUAGAGAUAAUGCUGAUAAGAGAACUGUCGACUGAUAUCUAUUUGAUGUUGGCUUUACAUACUGGGUAGCUAGGCAGCCAGCCAGCCAGCCAGCCAGCUUGUGACUGCCUAAAAUUUUCUCUGCCAAGAAAGUGAUGUAAACAUGUGAUUUCUCUCUUCCUUUUUCCCCUUUUCUAUCCGUGGUAUAGUUUGUAUUGUACAAAAGCACAUAAUUGUUUUGGGAGGAAACAUUGAACACAUUUUUGGACAUAUUCUCAUCAACUCGAGGGAAAGGGGUAUCUUCCCUUCUACCUCCCAAAAAAUGUUCAGAGGACCACUGAGAGAGAGCCAAUUUAGAUUCUGGGGUAGUACUCAUCAGGGGGGUUGAUACUUGAUAGCCCAGCAGAAGUGUGGAUUUAUUGCAUGUCCUCUCUCUCUCUCUGUGUUCUGUUUGUUUCUUUGGCUUUUCAGGUUACCCAGUUGAGAAUCGAUUAUGGUCAUGAUAAUCAUCACUCACUGGGCUGACUGGGAAUGGCAGCAGGGGGGAAACCUGAGGCAGAGAUAUUUCAGAAGAGAGAAAAAGCCACUGACAGUAGAAAGAAGGCGAGUAAAAAGUUAUCAUGUCUAUGCAUGUAAAUUUGGAAGAGCAUAGAUAAAGACAGUGCAGUGAAUAAAUCAUCUUAUGAACGAGUCCCCUACGCUCAUCUCCCCAUGUAUGUAUCAUUGCAGGCUGAAUUGGUGAUGAUGGUCUACAAUGGUGGCCUUCUUAUCAGUUCUUUCUCAUUAUGACCCCCUUGGCUCCUAGAGCUCCUAGACCUAGACUUAAUCAAAGGGAGGGGUCCUGGCUGCAGCUGGCCCCUUUUUCUUUCUUGAGUCAAAUAUUAAAUGAGGAAGGAACAUUAGUGGAUUGGAUUGAGAAGAGAAGAAUGCUCCUAAUCUCAAAAGGUCAGAACUACACUGGUUUGUGAGUUCCCCAUUUGGAUUGGGGAUUUGUUUGUGGGUUUUCUGCACGAUUUGUCAUCACACACAGUAGGUGAUGAAGUGGGGCUCGUCAGGCGUCACCUGGAGGUAGAGGCUUGAAGACCUACGAGGAUAUUGGUUUCUCGGAAACUCGUCGUUAAGUACUUAACACAGAAACAGACGAUGCUGCAACAAAAAAUGAACUUCGGUGUAAGAGUUGCUCGACUGAAAUGAUAGAAAGGGAAUAUGUGGCUUGAAAGGUAGGCAAAGGUGGAAACAGAUGGUCGGUAACAUAUUUGGCAUAACUCAACCAUCUGCUGCCACAUCAACACCUUCCUGCCAUUUAUGGAUGCCUCAAGCAUUUUUUCCUUUAAUUUUUAACGAACAAUUUCUCUCUUGUUUUAAGUCAAAAUUUUAAAAAUUUUGCACGUAUAUAUUAGAUUAUUUGUGUUCUUCAAAAUAAUGUACACUUUGAUAUAUUUACAGUAAAAAAAAAUGAGGCAUUUAUGCCACCGAGC